UCUCUCUCGCUCCCUCCCUCUCUUUGGUGCUGGUGUUGAUUCCCAGAAUGCUCCGCGAAGUUUAACACCAAGAUGGCUGAAACUAUGGAUGAAUAUGAGAAAGAAGCUGGCUGCGUCCCGAUUCUCCAUCCAGAGGAAAUCAAGCCUCAGAGCCAUUAUAACCAAGGCUACAGCGAAUCUCUUGGGCGAAAGAGCACCAGCGAUGAUUACAGCACCUGGGAUAUUGUGAAAGCUACACAGUAUGGAAUAUUUGAACGCUGCCGAGAGCUGGUGGAGGCAGGUUAUGAUGUCCGACAGCCAGACAAAGAAAACGUCACGCUCCUACACUGGGCAGCCAUCAACAACAGAAUAGAUCUAGUCAAGUAUUACAUAUCAAAGGGUUCUAUUGUCGAUCAGCUUGGAGGAGAUCUCAACUCCACACCACUCCACUGGGCAACAAGACAGGGCCACUUGUCCAUGGUUGUCCAGCUCUUGAAAUAUGGAGGUGACCCGUCACUCAUCGAUGGGGAGGGCUGUAGCUGUAUUCACCUUGCUGCUCAGUUUGGACACACAUCAAUUGUUGCAUAUUUUAUAGCCAAGGGUCAGGAUGUUGAUAUGAUGGAUCAGAAUGGGAUGACCCCGUUAAUGUGGGCAGCCUAUAGGACACACAGUGUGGAUCCCACCAGGUUGUUGCUCACGUUCAACGUGUCAGUUAACUUGGGGGACAAAUAUCACAAGAACACUGCUCUGCACUGGGCAGUCCUGGCCGGCAACACUACGGUUAUUAGCCUGCUGCUGGAGGCUGGUGCUCAUGUGGACUCGCAGAAUAUCAAGGGCGAAACACCACUAGAUCUCUCCAAACAAAGGAAAAAUGUCUGGAUGAUUAACCAUCUGCAGGAAGCAAGACAAGCAAAGGGUUUUGACAGUCCUUCGUUCCUAAAGAGGUUGAAGGCAGAUAAGGAGUUUCGUCAGAAGGUGAUGCUGGGAACCCCAUUUCUUGUCAUCUGGCUGGUGGGUUUCAUAGCUGACUUAGACAUUGACUCAUGGCUUAUCAAAGGCCUUCUGUAUGGAGUGGUCUGGGUGACAGUGCAGUUUCUUUCAAAGUCCUUCUUCGAUCACUCCAUGCACAGUGCCCUGCCUCUUGGAAUAUACCUGGCAACGAAAUUCUGGAUGUAUAUCACAUGGUUCUUCUGGUUCUGGAAUGAUCUUCCUUUUGUCACUAUCCAUAUUCCAUUCCUCCUCAACAGUGUAGCACUUUUCUACAACUUUGGAAAAUCCUGGAAAUCUGACCCAGGGAUAAUUAAAGCCUCAGAGGAACAAAAGAAAAAGACCAUAGUUGAACUUGCAGAGACUGGGAGUCUGGAUCUUAGCAUAUUCUGCAGUACCUGUUUGAUACGGAAACCAGUAAGAUCCAAGCAUUGCGCUGUGUGUAACCGCUGCAUUGCAAAGUUUGAUCAUCACUGCCCGUGGGUAGGCAACUGUGUAGGAGCUGGAAAUCACCGCUACUUCAUUGGAUAUUUAUUCUUCUUGCUCUGUAUGAUCUGUUGGAUGAUUUACGGUUGCAUCUGCUACUGGAGGAUUCAUUGUGCAACCAGCUAUUCAACGGAUGGAUUCUGGACGUACAUCACUCAGAUUGCUACCUGCUCGCCCUGGAUGUUCUGGAUGUUCUUGAACAGUAUUUUCCAUUUCAUGUGGGUGGCAGUGCUGAUUAUGUGUCAGAUGUACCAGAUCGCUUGCCUAGGUAUAACCACUAAUGAAAGGAUGAACGCAAGAAGAUACAAGCACUUUAAAGUUACAACAACAUCUAUCGAAAGCCCAUUCAACCAUGGAUGUGUACGGAACAUCAUAGACUUCUUUGAAUACAGGUGCUGUGGUCUUAUUCGUCUCGUUAUUAUAGACUGGACAAAGCAGUACACAAUAGAGUACGACCAAACAACAGGAUCGGGCUAUCAGCUGGUGUAGUGCUGCUGUUGUUUCCUUCCGAAGUCCUAUCAACCAUUGGCUGUUUAGGAGUGGUGCCUGAGAAUUUCCUUACUGAGACUGACAUCAGCUUGAACUAGCAUGCUGUUGUGGGGCUACAGAAGAACGACUGCUGGCACCUCCUUUUCACUCAACGUUUUAAUAACAUGGACAGUAUAAAACUGCCAGCCGCGCUGAGGAGGAGGAGGAGGAGGAGAAUGCAAAAAGGGAUUUAUUUGUUCUUGAAACGGCAGUCAUUUGCAAUUCAUUUCAUUGCAGUCUGGAUUGUUUUUUGUUAUAUUUUUUUUUAUAAUUUUUUAUUUUUCUGUAUACAUUUUGGCUGGUUUAAACUUGAAACUUAACAUUUCCAUAAUAUCUUACCCUUUUGAAGUAAUUAAUUAAGAAUUCAAGACACAGAUUUAAACAAUUUUAAGCAUUUGUUGGCCUGGGUACGAAGGCAUAUUACAUAAUCUGACUUGUAAACAUAUGUGCACCAGCUAAUCCAAAUAUCUCAUCCAAGAUUCCUGUACUAAAAUUGACAUUGAGUACUGUAUUUGGAGUAAUGUGAAGAAGCUCAAAGAAUUAUCUUUUAUAAUGUGAAUUGUUGUCAAAGCUCAAUUCUACAAAACACAAAUGCGUACCAAGGGGUACUAAGUAAGCCGUAUUCUUUAAAAUAUAAAAAUGCCUUUGCAGCCAACAUUAUUAUUUAUUUUAACUAUUUAAGCAUGAUGCUAUUAAAAUCACUUACUGUUAGAAUAUAAUUUGUUUUGGACUGUAUUCUAUAAUUUAUUGUGCAGUUCAGCUACCCUUCCCCUACAUUAGGUGGGACAAUCCACACAGUGUACAAAAAAACCUAAUGUAUUUUAAGACGGCCUUUUUAAAAAGGGUGUAUGACAUGUACAGCAGAAACAUCCCCAAAACAUUGAGCUAUUCUGGAUAGUCAAACUGCACUUGAAAGUGUUGGUGAAAUGUAUGGAACUGUUAAAUGAAAGUACACAAUGCUUCAGUUUCGAUUUCAGUUGUUGGUCACUUUAAACUUUUUUUUUUUGUUAAACCAUUGCACUGAUUUUUUUUUUUUUAUGAUAAAGUUGGGCUAAUUCAUUGCUUCUGAAACAUUUCCAUGUUUACAGCAAGAGAGACAGCCAUAGGCUUGUUUUUGAUUAAAUAAAUAAAUAAAUAAAUAAACGUGGUAGCCACCAAGCUUUUGUGAGACACACCUAUGAAAGGACCUUGUAGCAGCACCUGGACACCAGUGUAAAGAAUGUUCAUCUGUACAUAAAUUAUCUAGUUUGCCCUUUUUUGUGAGUGAAUUUGUCUGUGUUAGUUGAAGCUGCUCAUUUUGUUUUAUCCAACCAAAAAAUAAAAUUGUAUUACUGUAGCUUUUAGCUUUUAGUGACGUCCAGUGCUGAUGUUUAUAAGCAUUUUUCCCCAGUUCACUGCAUGUCUGAUGCUUGGAAGUAUGGCAGUCCCCAUAAUGUAGACCAUUUACACCAUUGAAGCAGCCCAGUGUUGGCCCAGACCGUUCUUAUCCAGAGAAGCUGAGAAUAUGUAAAUAGUGAUUGUUCAGUAUUUGCAAGUAGACAACAUUUUAUUUUCCCAGUAACUAUUACUUUGGUAGCGCAAGACAUUCAUAAUUUGCAAGUACCAAAUAUUAAACAAAGAAAUUGCAAAAACAAGUGUACUAUUAUAUUUGAAUGUUUUAAUAUUGGGGAAUAAAACUUUAACAAAGAGUUUUGGGGCAUAUGCUGGGUAUGUCCUAAAAAUGGUUGUAAAGAUGUAAAGCAAAAACAAACAAACCAAACCCUUUUUUCUGUGGUGUUCUCCGCUGUCUGCACACAACAGCUUGCGGACGAUUGCUGCCGAACCUUCAAGACAACUUUGAAGUCACACAAAGGCAACAUGCAUUUGCUUUAUGGGGACAGGUUGCAUCAUAGUUUAGGUCAAUCCAUGCACACUGUUACAGAUCUUGUGCAAGACCUAAUGCUGACUUGAAACAUUAUAAAAGGUUCAAAGGGACUGCAUCAUAACUCUUCCAAACCUUAAAUGUUUUUUUUUUUUUUUUUUAGAGACAGACCGAGACCUUAAAGACAGUUGAAAAUCUUUUGGGUUUUUAACUGCCAACUCUGUGCUUGAUUAAAACGGUUUGGCAGGCUGCAAUUAGAUUAACUAUGUACUACAAGAUCAUUAACACUUGAGAAAUCUUAAAGGUAUCCCUAUGAUUUGUUCAGGUGAUCUGUGAAUAUAUGAAAGGGGUCCAGUGGUAGGUUUCAAGAGUGCCUGCAUGUCAGAGGCGAGGCCAGGUGAGCUAUUAGCAUUAGUGCAAAUAACUAAUCAAUGGAAGCACUGGAAUUUAAUACUACUACUUACUAUGUUUUUUAAAGAAAAAUAGAUUAUUGCUUACAAAAUGGUACAGAUCAGGUAUUAGAAACCAUAGCUGUCACAAUGCUUCAAUAUAUCGAGCCAUCUAGUCUUGCACAAGCUUCUUUCACCUAUUGCGACCUGCACCCCAAAUCUUACGUGGUUUCUUCCAUUCAUGUAAGCAGCUGAGCUACAAAGGGUAGUUCAAUAACUGUAAUGCAUUGAAUGCUGAACGUUUUUCUACACCUGUAACUGCCAAUAACUCAAUUUACUUUUGCUGAGACCUUUAUUGUACUACAUUGUGAACAAAAAUCAAACCUGUAAAUGUUAAUUAGAAAAAAAUAGCUCUCGUUAUGUCAGAUUUUGUAAGUUAUUAAUCAAAUAAACAUGGCCUAUUGCAUAA